AUGGACGCGGGCUCCUGCCCCACCAGCCCCACUGCCAGCCUCCAGGAAGGCCCCUUCAGCUGCCCCAUCUGCUUAGACGCCCUGAGGGACCCGGUCACCAUCCCUUGCGGUCACAACUUCUGCCUGAGUUGCAUCGGAGCGCACAGGCACCACCCGGGCCCGGGGGGCGUCGCAGGAGCCGGGGGCCAGGGCUCCGCCAAGUGCCCUCUGUGCCAGGAACCUUUCCCGGCCGAUCUGCAGCUCCGGAAGAACCACACCCUGGCCGAACUGCUGCAGCUCCGGCAGCCCGCCGCGAGCAGCCCGGCCUUGGCCAUGUCCCCCGAGGAGGCGCCCGAGCCCUGUGCUCCGCAGACCUCCCGCCGGCCUGGGGGCCCCGGGCCCCAGCAAGAGGAGGUGCUUUGCGACUUCUGCACCGGAGGGGAGCGCGCCAAGGCGGCGCAGUCCUGCCUGGUGUGCCUGGCGUCCUUCUGCGCGCCUCACCUGCAGCCGCAUCUCAAAAGUCCCGCUUUCCAAGGCCACCGGCUAGUGCCGCCCUUGCGGCGCAUCGAGGAGAGUCUCUGCAAGCUGCACCUCAAGCCCUUGGAGAGCUUUUGCCGGACGGACCAGAGCUGCAUCUGCCAGCUGUGCCGGGCCCAGGAGCACCGGAGCCACGAGGUGGUGGCGGUGGAGGUGGAGCGGGAGCACGUGGAGGCCCAACGACCCAAAAUUCUGAGUAGUGUUGAGAAUCAGAUGGAUGAACUUGGAGUCACCAUUGCACAAACAAGGAGGACAGUAGAUCUUAUCAAAGACACUGCUCAGAAAGAGAAAGAGAAGGUCAGCAAACAGUUUGGCGAGACAGCCAGAGUCCUUGCAGCCUUCCAGAAGGAGGUCCUUGGGUUCAUUGAAGAUGGUGAAAGAGCUAUGCUGGGUGAGGCAGAGGAGGAACUGCGGCAGAAGGAAGAGAGGCGCGUCAGGCUGAUUGAACACAGGCAGAACUUGGAGAUGGUCCCCAGUACCGAUACCAUCUCUUUCCUCCAGGAGUUCCAGGCACUGAAAAUAGCAGUGGAGGAGAAAAACUUCCUAUGUACAAACUUCUUCAAAGAGCUGAGCUUUAUCAAAUCCAGUCAGGCCGUGUCUGCUGUGAGGGAACAGCUAGUGAACAUUUGCAAGAACCAGUGGGACCAGCUCUCAGGGAAGGAAGAUGAAAGGCCCGUAUUUUAUGGGAUGCCAGAAGUGGCCACUGAACCCCAGAUUUCAGAAAAAAGCAGCAGCAACCCCGCUUGUUUGGAAUCACGAGACUAUUUCCUCAAAUUUGCAUUCAUCAUUGAUCUGGACAGUGAUACAGCUGAUAAAUUCCUUCAGCUCUUUGGAACAAAGGGUGCGAAACGUGUGCUGAAUCCCAUUGCCUACCCUGAGAGCUCAACAAGGUUCAUCAACUGUGAGCAGGUACUCGGUGAGAAUGUAAUGAACCGUGGCAAUUAUUACUGGGAAGUGGAGAUCAUUGAUGGCUGGGUGAGCAUUGGUGUCAUCACAGAAGACUUCAACCCCCGGGAGUCAUAUGACAGGGGUCGCUUGGGAAGGAAUGAGAAGUCCUGCUGUCUACAGUGGAAUGGGCAGAACUACGUUGCUUGGUUUGGUGGGUUUGACUGCAUAAUACAACAGCCUUUCUUUCAUACCAUUGGGGUGUACCUGGAAUAUUCAGAGAAAGCACUCACAUUCUAUGGAGUCAAAGAUUCCAAGACAACUUGCCUACAGCAGUUCAAAGUUGCCCGCUUCAAAAAGGGCCAUUUUGAUCCCUUCCAGAAUAAGAUCAACCACCAGUUUCCAUCACUGUUCACACACAACCUCAAACCAGCUUUUUUCCUAGAAAGUGUAGAUGCCCAUAUGCAGCUUGGGCCUUUAAAGAAAGACUGUGUCUCAGUGCUGAAGCGACGGUAACUCACUCAUCACCCGUAGCGAAGUAUGGUGGAGAAUACAGGCUUCAGCAGAGAAGGUUGAAAUGAAAUCUGUCUCCUUCAUAAAUUAGGAUUGUUAACUUGUCACACUCAUAGCCCUGCUACCUUUGAGUAACUUGAUGAGUAUUUUUUUUAUGGGCAUUUUCUGUGAUGGCCUCUUCUGCUCAACUCUUGGUCUGUAAUUAUGAACUUACGAUCUUAAGUCUCUUUCAGUAAUGAAUGUCACUCACUUAGAUAUCCCAUUAGUGCAGAAAAUGUAACUUUGUCACAGCUGUUCUUCUGUGUCCAAUGGAAUCCAUUCAAAUAUACAAAUGGUGAGGCUCAUGUCUUCAACUCAAGGUUUUUCCACCAGAUCACACAGAGUGCCAUAAGCAAUGGUAAAACUGCUGCUGGAUACUCUUGCGCAUGAUCUUUCCAUGGCAAUAAUGUGAUACCUCAUUUGCUCACAUAUAAUACGUAGUGAGCUCAGGGUUAGAUGAAGCAUUGCUGAUCUCCACUUACGCAAGAGUGGUGCCUUCAGGAUAGUGUAGUCUUCAACAUUUGUUUCAAAAAUUUACAAAAAAGCAGAGGUGGAGUUGGACCACUGGUAGGUAAUCACAGCACCUGUCCUGUAAGUCCCAGGACACUUGUGCAGCCACAUCCCACACAGCAAUUACAAUAACAAGGACUGCACUGUCCAGAGAGUGGGGGAAGAAUUAGGCUGGCUUUCAUUAAGUGACCAUGCCAGCUAUAGAGUUGUGGCCUGAGUACAGAAGAUGUAGCCUUCAAGUUAAAAGAAGUGAGGUUGGGCAUCCUGCAUUUUUGGUUCCCACGGAGUACACCGUAUGCCUAUAUUGGUGUAUUUUCUAGUGAUAGUUUUAAAAAAGAGCUACAAGGUUAAGUAGAUGUUUUGAAGAUUCUUAUAUAUUAGCAAUAGCAAGUGGGGAGUAGGGCAGGAGAAUGGACUGCUGCAACAUCAGAUUAUGAUUUGUUCUUACAUAGUGUCUUGCUGCCAUUAAAGAUGUGGUCUUCAACCUAUAGGUUGGGACACUCAGACGGGUCAUGGAGGCCCACUUUGUUGCAAUUCCCUGCUGAGCCACUUUUUUUUUCUUUUUUGGAGAAUCUGCUGCCAGUGAAUGUACAUAGAGCAGGGAUGUUACACUCCCUGCCUCUUUUUGCACACACACUGAAAGAAGGAACUGGAUGACAGUUAAGUGAGGUCAUUCAGUGGUUGAGAGAAUUGCUUUUUAUCCUAGGCAGAGUUUCUGCUCUCUGUCAUGUGAGUCUGAUAUCAUGUGACUUUCUAUCACUUGUUGUAACUUGGCAGGUGCUAUACUGCCACAUACAGGCUCGAGGUAGGUCCCAGAUCUGAAAAGUGUGAAUACUACUGCAAAAGAUGAUAUAUUUCACACAGGAGGGGAGACCCAAAGGAUGGUGGCUCUGAGUACAGAACUAUGGGACUGGGGUAGGGAUGUAAACUGGACUAUGACAAAGAACACAGGUCUGAAGUGCCUGCAAACAUUUCAUUGCAAAUAAUUUUCUUCAAAUGCUGAAAAGAAAAAACUCAACAUCCCCUUUAAGUAUUGUAUUAAAAAGUAUACACAGAUGGUUUGAGUUAACCUCUGAAGAGUUACACACUUUUCUGAUAUAAACUAUUUUCCGAUACAUGGGGAUACUAUUACAUUUCUUCGAUCUUUACAUAUUAUGAACUACCAGUUACUUCUGGUUCUUAAUAAAAAUUAUGACACUGUUUCCAUACUGGAAGGAAAAAUAAAACUAGUUUUGAGAAUUUAUUUUUACAAUUUGAAUUUUUCCCAUUCAUUCAUUGAAGAUAACUGAAUUACACAAAUGUACCUUAUUAACUGCAUGGUCUUGGUAUUAAAGAUUUCCAUAAGUAUAAUGUAUAUUUCCCACAAAAUAAAUUCUGUUUUGUUGUCUCUUUUGGGCAGGAAGGCACAAGAUCCACACAACAAAAAGUGAGGCCAUCCUAGUUAUUUUCUUCAGCCAAAACAGCAACAGUGCAAUGGCUCAUAACUCCAAAAGGCCAUUUUUAGGUAACAUCAUUAUAUAAUGGUUUGGCCUACUUUUUCCUCAGCCAGUUUCUAAAAUACAUUUACUCGGACUGCAGUCCUUUAGACACUUAUCUGAGAGUAAGCCCAACUGGACAAACAAGCAUAGAAUUGGGUUAUCAGGUCUGACUGAGAAGUAGCAGUUACUGCUGGGUAUGUAUAUUUAAUGAAAACAACCUUAUACCUUCCCUUACUGCUGCUGGUACUGGUUAUUGACAGAAUGUUGUACUGUAGGAGUACUGCAGAUUCCGUUAGCUGGAUUCAUAUUAAUCAAAAUACUUCCACUCAUGCAGGAGAUGGUGGGAAUUUUGGUCUGUUCCUCCUACUAAAUGCAGUCUCUUCACCAUCUUGAAUGCCUUAUACAUGCUCUUCCCGACCCUCAGGAACAACUUUUCAAGGGCUAGGGCAACAUGGGGAAAGCACCAAAGAUCUUUUCAUGGCUCUCUGGAUCCAGGCCAAUGUUUUUAUCAAGGCUUUAGGGAAUGAACUGGAAUUAUUAGAAUUUUUGCACCUGAUUAUAUUGAUUUUGCUAUAAUAGGGAAAAAAAAGAUAAACCUAUGUUUAUUUCCUUAGAGAAUACUGUCAAUUACUAAGCUGUUUGUUUUUUUUACUUUUUGGAUGGUGGGUACUUAUCUUUGUUUUUUUCCCUACAAAACUCAAAUACUCUGUAGUCUUUUAAAGUGUGUGGGGAAAUAAGGAAAAAUUAAGAAUAACUGCCAUUAAACAAUAGUCAAACACAAUUGUAAUUUCUUUCUUUGCAAUCCAGGACUAAAUUAAUCUGCUUUGUAUAGCGUUAACUGCUUAUACCAGUCCAUUCUGGGCUGACUCUAGCUGGUCAGCAUAUGCCACUGAUAGCAACUCUUAUUGCUUAAUCCAUCUUCCCAUAUAUUGGAUCUAAAUUAUACUGCAUAAAAGAAUGGUCUUGGCUUUCUUUGUUUUAUGAAGUGUGUAAUUCUCCUUGCUAACAAACAGCCUAUGUCUGUAUCUCAAACACUGCCAUCACGAGCGGAGUUAUUCUGCACAGUAAGAAGAGAGAGUGGAUACAAUCCAUUGUACUGUGGGUGACAGACUCCAGUCCUUCAUUUGUACUGACAUAUCUGCCCGUAGUAUUGACAAUGUCAGUGCUUAGCAAUGUACCAGGAUAAUUGUAUGUACCAAACUAAAGAUUUGCUUGUGGCACAGCAAGUCUGGGAAUCAAAUUAGAAAGAAUUCAAUUCACCUGUAGCAAUGACUCUUAUAGAUCUUCCUAGGAAUGUGAUGUGGGCUCAUGGACUAGCUAAAGCUAUUUACCAAAUAAGGUAGAAAAUACCGUGCUGAGUGCUAUGUUUGCCCCGUUAUUCUAUGGCACUAGAAUAGUUUGGUAUGGAAUGGGUUUUGAGGAGUAAAAGAGUCAUACAACUCUUCUAAAGAGACUGAACUUGAAGAAAUGGUCAGGUGGUUUAGGGUGUGCCCAUCCCUUGGAGAAGGGGAUGAACUGAGAAAUGAGCCCUAAUGUAUAAGUAGAUGGAAUUUGGAUGGACAACAACUGGUUAGAGUGGAGCCAUCUCUACAUGUUGUAUUGAGAUGAAAUAGAUGGGCAAGAAUUAAGGCAGUAGAAGUGGGUGUCUUUUUGUCUGUGUUCCCUAAUUAUUGUCCCUCUCCAUCUCCAGCCUAGGUCAGAACAUGAGCCUGCAUGAAAGAAUAGGAUGUAUAAAAAUAAUAGGCAGGUUACAAAGCUGCAUCUGUUGCUCCCGUUGUCACCAUUAAUUUAUUUCCGACAAAGUGGCUAAAAUUCAUUGUUUCCAUUUUGUUGUGGUUUUGCUCUUCUCACUAACAAAAUCUGCCAAUGCUACCAAAAUUGGUUGAGGGAACUAUUUGCAAAUGUACAUACAGUUCUUGCUUACAGCAUCUUAAUUUGGAUCGGAGCCAUGGAAAAAUGAGUUUUAUUCACAGUUGAGCUAGCCAGGAAAUUUCUUUGUAAAAAUGUGGCAUAAAACCACAACAGACUAGAAUGAUGAUAAAAAUAGCUUGUAAAAUCAGAAAAGUGCCAAGAUGUUUUAAAAUAAAGGCUUUGAAUUGCA